GAUCUGUAUAGAUGACUCCAUUGGUCACUAGUCUCUCUCCACCACUGCACACAGUUCUGCACAGGGGUGGACUGACAACUCAUGGGGCCCCCAGGCAAUAGGGGAUCAUGGGGCCUCUGUGUCCUCGUCCACACUCAAACCACACUCAAAAAAGCUUAUAAAAAGUACCAGGGGCAUCUCAUGGGGCCCCCUACUGACCCCAGGCCCUCGGGCAGUGCCCGAGUGCACAAAUGGUCAGUUCGCCCCUGG